AUGCCUCUUCCCUCUUGUUGUGUAGACUUGAGGUUCAAAGCGCCAGGGCCCACGGCGAAGUCGGCGACGAAGUCCGCCGCGAAGACCGCAGCCAGCAGCCGAGGCCAGGGGUCGAAGCCGCGCGCGAGGCAGCGCUUCCCCCAGAAGCGUCGCAACAAGCGGUCGGCGCAGGCCGCCUCGCGCCGCCGCGACAUCUUGGCCAAGGCGCGGAAGGCGCGCAAGGCGGCCCAGGCCAUGCGCAAGCGCUUGGGAGCCACGGGCGUGUUCUACACGUCUUCCUUGGCCAAGAUCUACACGUACGAGGACCUCAGGGCUUUGAAGACCAAGGAUGCUUACGACUUGAUGGCCCAGGCGGGGUACCUCGGCGACCCCGCCGAGAACGUUUGCCCCAGGUGCGGAUGGCCAUUUGGCCCCGUGGUUCACAGGGGUGAGAAGCAGCAUCCAUUCCAAAGGUGCAAGCGCAAGGCCUGCUCGUCGUCCUCGGUGCAAGUGAAGGUCACGUGCGGCACGUGGGCGGACGUGGAAGUGCCUCCCCCGAAACUGGCGGGCGCCGCCUUCCUGUCGCGCGGCGCCCUGGCGCCCCGCGCGAGUACUGCCGACAUGGCGCUGUUUGCCAAGAUGGGUCACAAGCAGUGCGAGGCGGUCAGGCAGGGUUUGUUAGAGAUCGCCUCGGCUGCUUCGAGGGAAGAGCAGAAGUCGAUCGUGCUGAGCGGCCAGUGCGAGACCGACGCCACGACCCUGCGGGUCGUCCAGCUCAAGAACGGGCGCAACAUGCACAUCCGCGUGUUCGGCAUGUGCAAGCGCGGAGACCACGAACACGCCGUCGCGCACAUGCUGCCGCCCUUCUAUGGGGUCCGCGGCGGCCCGGCGCGCCCCGAGAGCACGGAUGAGACCGCGCCGCUGGUCUCAGCUCACACGGGGGCCGACGUGCUGAUCUGGCACACAGACGGAGCGCGGCGCUACCGCCGCCUCGGGAACCACGCGAAGGUCAAGCACGCCAGGCGCACCUGGGCGACUGUCAAGACGCUGACCCUGAGCGGGGGUGACGUCCUGUGCUGCCACGGCGGGGCGCAGCUCCAGGACGGGCGGUGGUCGCAUGUGACGAACGCAGUCCCAACCACCAUGAACACGUACAGCAAGGAGUCGCAGGAGCAGCUCGAGAACUGGGCGCACUUAUGGGCGUGGCGCUACAGGCGCGCCAGCUGUCCAGGUAUGUUUCUCGAGCUCGGCUCGGCCGUCGCCAUGGCCAGGUUGCAGGGCCACGUCUGGUGA